ACCCAUCCUUGGUCCACUAUACGGAUCUCCAGGCAGGGUCCAGUCUCCAAGUGUUUUGGGAUAUCUCGUAUCCACACAGGGGAGGCAUGUUCUUGGAAUUGUUGAACCACAAUAACGAGGUCCUACAGCGCUACCCACAAGAUGGUGAAGCCUUAGCCAAUGACGUAUCACAGAAGUGCUCCAACCAUGGCCAACAUGACGGCAACCGCUGCCUCUGUGACCGGAAGUAUGACGGCCACAUCUGCCAGUUCCAAAAUGACUGUGUGGACGGGUCUGACUGCAACAACCAUGGCCAGUGUGUGGACACGGAGUCAAUCAAGUAUCCGAGACAGAUGUGUUUUUGUUCGGCAGGCUGGUUCGGUCGAUUCUGUGAGCGAGAGUCGCCAGUCAGAAGCAGGUCAGAGGUCAAUCUCCUGGAUUACACACAACACAAGCUGACUAACAACUACACACUUUAUCACAGGAUUCUGGCGGACAGUCAAGAGCUGGAAGUGGUGCUGGUAGCAAAGUCAGUUACUUGGAUAGCUGUAGGCUGGAGGCCAAAAGAUGCAAACAAAACAUGUCUGGAAUUUCCAGUUCUUAAUUUUGGAAAUGGAACUGUUUCCAUGGCUGUAUCAACAACUGGAAAUACCCUGGCAACUGAGGGACCUAAGACAACUCCAGAAAGUACCCUGGCGACAGAGGGACCUGGGAUAACUCACGGAAGUACCCUGGUGACUGAGGGACCUGGGACAACUCACGGAAGUACCCUGGCAACUGAGGGACCUGGGACAACUCACGGAAGUACCCUAGUGACUGAGGGACCUGGGACAACUCACGGAAGUACCCUGGUGACUGAGGGACCUGGGAUAACUCACGGAAGUACCCUGGUGACUGAGGGACCUGGGAUAACUCACGGAAGUACCCUGGUGACUGAGGGACCUGGGAUAACUCACGGAAGUACCCUGGUGACUGAAGAACCUGGGAUAACUCACGGAAGUACCCUGGUGACUGAGGGACCUGGGAUACCUCACGGAAGUACCCUGGUAAUUGAGGGAUCUAGAUCAAAUCAGUGUGGUGGUUCUUGCAGUGUCAAUUCCGGCUGUCUGUACAAUGUUACCUGGACACAAGAACCUACUUCCAGAACUGUCACAUUUACAAUCUCAGUUGGACUUCUCAGUGACCAAUAUUUUGGUUUGGCAUUUUCCAGAGACAAUGCAAUGCCGGACAGUGACAUCGUGGUGGGUUGGGUCAGAUCCAAUGGAAGCAUCGCCCUCUCAGACCGGUGGGCCUCAAGCAGAACGCUCCCAAAGGAAGACACCCACAAUGAUCUUACAUUGAUCUCCGACCAGGUAGUAGAUGAAAUGACAGUCGUAACAUUCUCACGAGCAGUGGACACUCAGGAUUCGGAAGACCAGAGACUGGAUAUUUCCGACUGCAUCUACUUAUUGACGGCCAGGGGAAAGACGGCCAGUGGUGACUCAUUUGUCUAUCACUCUGAGAGAAAACUAUCUUCAGAGAAGUUCUGCUUCGACAAAUGUCAUGACAAUCUGGCGUCUGAACCCCCCAUUGCUGAACCAAACAAGACAGACAAUUCUUCAAUAACCAGCUCACCUGACAGUACCCUUAACACAACAAACCAUGUCCCUGAAGGAGACAGGAACGCCAGCAGAGGAUCUGAACCCACAGCUAAUUCCUGCGAUGGAUCCUGUACCAUGCCAUCUAACUGUCUGUAUAACGUCUCCUGGAUCUAUGACCCAUCCAUGGAUAAAGUUCACUUUUCUGUGGCAGUGCAGCUUGACAGUAAUCAAUACUUUGGUCUAGGAUUUUCUGAGGAUCAGUUUAUGCCUGACAGUGACAUGGUGGUAGGCUGGGUCAAACCUGAUGGCGGCACCUAUUUGUCAGACAGAUGGGCCACUGGCCACAGACAGCCGGAGGAGGACAUUAGACAAGACCUCACAGAAAUCUCUGGGCAGACGGUCAGUGGGAUUACAUCAGUGAUGUUCACACGGUCUAUACUCACCUCGGACUCCCAGGACCUGCCCCUGAAUUUGAUCGGAUGCAUCUAUUUGUUGACUGCCAAGGGAACUAGGAAUGAGGACAAUUCAUUUAUGUAUCACUCCGAGAAAUGGUCAUCUCCAGAGAAGUUUUGUUUCAACAAAUGUCAGGGCACAAGGAUGCCAGGUGGUCAAUGGGAUCACCCUGGUAGUCUUCUCAAGGCUUCUGGACACACAAGAUACCAUGGACCAGGCACUCAAUCCUCUAGCAGCAAAUACUGCUUCUCCAACUGUCCUAGGCGCCCUAAUGAUGGUAGGAGGAGGAAACGGGCCAGUGAAGGAGACACUCAGCCAGGAGAGCCAUCUAAACCACAAGGUAACUUGCUUCUUUACUGGGCUGACAAACAAAUCCUGUAG